AUGUUGGGCGUGUGCUCCCCUGCUGUGUGCAUGCUGGGUGUGUGCUCCCCUGCUGUGUGCAUGCUGGGCGUGUGCUCCCCUGCUGUGUGCAUGCUGGGCGUGUGCUCCCCUGCGGUGUACACGCUGGGCGUGUGCUCCCCUGCGGUGUACACGCUGGGCGUGUGCUCCCCUGCUGUGUACACGCUGGCUGUGUGCUCCCCUGCUGUGUACAUGCUGGGCGUGUGCUCCCCUGCUGUGUGCAUGCUGGGCGUGUGCUCCCCUGCUGUGUGCAUGCUGGGCGUGUGCUCCCCUGCUGUGUGCAUGCUGGGCGUGUGCUCCCCUGCUGUGUGCAUGCUGGGCGUGUGCUCCCCUGUUGUGUGCAUGUUGGGCGUGUGCUCCCCUGCUGUGUACAUGCUGGGCGUGUGCUCCCCUGUUGUGUACAUGCUGGGCGUGUGCUCCCCUGCGGUGCUACAUUUCAGCACCCCUUCCCCCUUUUUGGAGACAGGGUCUCCCUAUGUAACCCAGACAGGCAUGGAACUUCCUGUGGCCCAGGACUGA